AUGUCCCAUGUAUCAUCGUCAACCCCUGGUGAUGUUUUAUGCUGGCUGUUUCUUAAUUAUCUGGCUGAGCAGAAGCGCAAUGCAGAGUCGGUCAAGGGCAUGAGGAAGAGCGAGCGGCGCAUCAAGGAGCUCACCUACCAGACAGAGGAAGACAGGAAGAACCUGCUGCGGUUGCAGGACCUGGUGGACAAGCUGCAGCUGAAAGUCAAGGCCUACAAGCGCCAGGCUGAGGAGGCGGAGGAACAGGCCAACACCAACCUGUCCAAGUUCCGCAAGGUGCAGCACGAGCUGGAUGAGGCUGAGGAACGGGCGGACAUCGCUGAGUCCCAGGUCAACAAGCUGCGGGCCAAGAGCCGUGACAUCGGAGCCAAGGGCUUGAAUGAAGAGUAG